GUGUGUGUGUGUGUGUGUGUUGGGCGUCAGGGAGAAGAACACUACUGUUAUUGUGGGGCACGUUUAUUAGUUUUUAUUUUAAUAUAAAUACAGGUGGAGUUAUGUUAGUGUAGGUCUUUAUGUGUGUAUUUGUUCAGAUAACAGCGUGGGGUUUUUAUUUAAAGGACAUCAUCUGUGUCGCUUUAUUUAUACUAGAACUUUGUUUAAACUGAGAGAAGAACAAUGAGCGCUGGUAUGGCGAAGGUGGUGAAACCUUCAUCACACGUUGACCCCAAGUCAGCUCCUCUGAAGGAGAUCCCAGACAUCCUGGUGGACCCACGGACCAUGAAGCGCUACAUGAGAGGACGCUUCCUGGGUAAAGGCGGUUUCGCCAAGUGUUACGAGAUCACUGACAUGGACACUAAGGAGGUGUUCGCUGGGAAAGUCGUGCCCAAGUCACUGCUGAUGAAACCGCACCAGAAGGAGAAGAUGAGCACGGAGAUCGCCAUCCACAAGAGCCUGGACAACCCGCACGUCGUCGGCUUCCACGGCUUCUUCGAGGACGAUGACUUCGUGUUCGUGGUGUUGGAGAUCUGCAGGAGAAGGUCCCUUCUGGAGCUUCACAAACGCAGGAAGGCUGUGACUGAACCUGAGGCCAGAUACUUUGUGCGUCAGACCAUCCAGGGUGUCCACUACCUCCACAACAACAGGGUCAUCCACCGGGACCUGAAACUGGGAAACCUGUUCCUGAACGAUGACAUGGAGGUUAAGAUUGGUGACUUCGGUUUGGCCACCAAGAUCGAGUUUGACGGCGAGAGGAAGAAGACACUGUGUGGAACUCCUAACUACAUCGCCCCCGAGGUGCUGUGCAAGAAAGGUCACAGUUUUGAGGUGGAUGUGUGGUCACUGGGCUGCAUUCUGUACACGCUGCUGGUAGGGAAGCCGCCAUUUGAGACGUCGUGUCUGAAGGAGACGUACGUCCGCAUCAAAAAGAACGAGUACACCAUUCCCAGGCACAUUAACCCCGUAGCUACGGCACUAAUCCGGCGGAUGCUGCACGCUGACCCCACGCUCCGCCCCUCUGUCGCCAACCUGCUGUCAGAUGAGUUCUUCACCUCGGGUUAUGUUCCUCUGAGACUCCCAACGUCCUGCCUCACUGUCCCACCGAGGUUCUCUAUCGCCCCCUCCAGUCUGGAGGCUGGCCUGCACCGAAAACCUCUCUCUGCUUUGAAUAAAGAAACUGACAGUCCAAUUGAGAAAAUGGGAAAGGUGGAGCAGCCGCUGAAAGAUGAGCCCCUGCAAAGAGACGGAUCAGAACAGCCCGACUGUCACCUGGUCGACAUGCUGCAACAGUUGACCAGCUUAAACGCAGCCAGACCGUCUGAGAGGGAGUUCGUACGGCAAGAGGAAGCUGAGGACCCGGCCUGCAUCCCCAUCUUCUGGAUCAGCAAAUGGGUCGAUUACUCUGAUAAAUAUGGCCUAGGAUACCAGUUGUCUGAUAACAGUGUCGGCGUUUUGUUCAACGACUCCACUCGCUUGAUCAUGUAUGAAGACGGAGACAGUCUGCAGUAUAUCGACCGCGGUGGGGCAGAGUCUUACCUCAGCGUGGGCUCUUACCCUUCUGCUCUCUCCAAGAAGAUCACACUCAUGAAGUAUUUCAGGAACUACAUGAGCGAGCACUUGUUGAAGGCAGGCGCUAACAUCACGCCGCGUGACGGAGACGAGCUCACGCGCCUGCCUUACCUGCGCCACUGGUUCCGCACCAAGAGCGCCAUCGUGCUCCACCUGAGCAACGGCACGGUGCAGAUCAACUUCUUCCAGGACCACACCAAGCUGAUCGUGUGUCCCCUCAUGGGUGCCGUGACUUACAUUAACGAGCGACGUGAAUUCUGCACCUAUAAGAUGAGUCUGAUUGAGGAGUUCGGCUGCUGUAAGGAGCUCGCCUCACGCCUGCGCUACGCCCGCAGCAUGGUGGAGAAACUUCUGGCCUCUAAAAGCACCACCACAUCCUCCGUCCGCUAACACACCACACCGGACUGUGUGCUUGCAGACACUCGUUCUUUCCAAACUGUACACGUUCCCCUCCGUCUGUCCUCUCUCUCUCUCUUUCUUUUCGUCUCGUGAGGAGGGAAAGCUUUUGAUGUGAACACGUUCCUCGUCUGCUGUAUCAUGUAAAUGCUUUUCUCUGUUUAAAUGUUUUUUCCUUGAGUUUUCUAAAAAACACCAUUUUCUCUUUCAUCUGUCUUUUUAUAAAAGUUUUUAUGGCUCUACUUGAGAUCACCAAGUUAAAUGAUAUUAAACGGAGUGUAUUCAAUUUAAUAAA